CCGGCAUCACCUCUGCUUCUCAUAUCUCAAUCAGUCUGCUCCAUUCACCAGGUUUUCUUCGUGGUCUGUCACGACGUGUGUUGAUUGACUGCUGAGUCUAGGGCUGGUUCCUGUCUCACCAGCGUCGCUUUGCCCUGAGUGGAGCAUCUGACCGGCCAUCGGCAUCAGCACCCCGCCGUUCUCUUCUCUGUCAUCGAUCGCCUCACCGCGGGGUUUGCAGUUCCCCGACCCCUACACUCUACACCAAACCUUUGGACACUCUCGAAAUACCUGCUGUGAUCGCAUCCCGCCCAGGGUCCGUUAGCCACGAUGUUGAAGAUAUGGUCUAUGAAGCAACAACAGCAACAAGCUGAAAAUGCCGAAGGAGCAGCUGGCAAAAAGAAGAAAGUCACGGCCGCUCAGUUGCGCGUGCAACGAGAUCUCCAAGAACUCACUCUCGGCAGCACCAUGAAAAUGACCUUCCCCAACCCCGACGACAUCCUAAACUUCACUCUCACCAUCGAACCCGACGAGGGCAUGUACAAGGGCGGCGCAUUCCACUUCAAUUUCACGGUCAAUCAGAAUUUCCCGCACGAUCCGCCAAAGGUCAAAUGCUCGCAGAAGAUUUACCAUCCCAAUAUUGAUCUCGAGGGGAAUGUGUGUUUGAAUAUUCUGAGGGAGGAUUGGAAACCCGUGUUGAAUUUGAAUGCUGUGAUUGUGGGCAUGCAGUUCCUUUUCCUGGAGCCGAAUGCUUCCGAUCCGUUGAACAAGGAGGCUGCCGAUGAUUUGAGACAGAAUCGUGACGCGUUCAAGCGCAAUGUGCGUUUGUCUAUGGGUGGUGGGAGUGUGAGGGGGGUACAGUUUGACAGGGUUAUGCGGUAGUUGCCUGGGCCUGGAUCUGGAUCUGUGCCUGUGCCUGUGUAUAGCUAGCUGGGAAGGGACCAACCUAGCUGGCCUGGUGUGUUGUGUUUAGUUUGCAUUGAUUUACCCAGAUGCUGCUGCUGGUGGAGGGUGAUUAGGGAGUUACGUGCAUGACUACAUUCCCAUUUGGAUUAAUUAGCGACUGGAUAGAUUUCCUGCUUAUGAAAGAAAUGAACUUCUUGCUUUGUAUAU